AUGUCAACGGCAAAGUAUCAUCAUUUGGAAGAUGAAACGGGUAAACUAAAACCGGAUGCUCAAUCUAAUAUUGCUAAUCGAUCACACCUGGUUGAAGCGUUUCACUUCCUUCUUUGCGCUGGUGGUAUUCUUACUUGUUAUUUUUAUUUUGGAAUCCAGCAAGAACGUAUAGUCCAAGGGAAAUAUGCCAACGGAGAGAAAUUCACCUACACCCAAGCUCUGGUGUUCUUUUUAUGCGUGGCAAACACCAUUUUCGCUUGGAUUCUCAGACCAAAAAGGGAUGUUGACACAGUUCCAACAAGAAUGUAUGGAUUAUGUGCGGCUAGCUAUCUCGGUGCAAUGAUUUGUAGUAAUCAAGCUCUUCAGUACUUACCUUAUCCAACCCAGGUUCUAGCUAAGUCAUGCAAACCGAUCCCUGUCCUUGUUUUUGGUGUUUUGUUUGCUGGAAAGAGAUAUUCAUGGAGGAAAUACAUUUUUAUUUUGAUGAUAGUUCUUGGCGUUGCCAUGUUCCUUUAUAAGGACAAGAAAUCAACGUCUGAGAAACAAAUAGGCAUUGGAGAGUUCUUGUUGCUCCUGUCAUUAACUAUGGAUGGAACGACCACUUCUAUCCAGGACAGAAUUAAUAAGAGUUAUAAACGAAGUACCCUUAGUAUGAUGUUCUAUAUGAAUUUCUUCUCAACAAUCUACCUCAUGAUAGGGUUAGUUGUAACAGGCGAGCUGUUCGAAUUUAUCGGUUUUGUACAGCGUCAUUCCUAUGUGUUGUUCGAUUUGUGUUUUGUCGCUGCAUCAAGUUGCGGAGGGCAGUAUUUCAUCUUUAAAACGAUCAGCGAGUUCUCUCCGCUCACUUGUUCCGUCAUCACCACUACACGAAAGUUAUUCACGAUCAUCAUAUCUGUAGUGUUCAUGAACCAUCCGCUGAGCGACCGACAGAAGUGGGCGACUGCCAUUGUUUUCUCAGGACUUAUCAUGGAUGCCGUAGAUAGCAAAAUGGCUAAGCGGAGACAACAUGCCAGUUAA